GUCUUUGAAAGACAAAUGUUGAGUCGUUGGAUUUUUUUGUUAAGGUCAAGGUGUGGAAGGAAAUCACAGUCACAAGAGGCCUUGAGGACCCUCACACAGGACACAACCAUGCUGGAAUACUACCAGACAUUAGGAGUCCAGAAAAAUGCAACACAAGAGGACAUCAAAAAAGCUUACAGAAAAUUGGCUUUGAAGUGGCAUCCAGACAAGAACCCAGAAAACAAAGAAGAAGCAGAAAAAAGGUUCAAAGAGCUGUCAGAGGCAUAUGAAGUGCUAUCAGAUGAAAACAAGAGGAGUACUUAUGACAGAUAUGGCAAAGAUGGCCUUUCAGCAGGAGGAGGUAAGGAGACUGAGGAGGCCAUUAUGAUCACUAUGGUGGCGGCUUCACAUUCCGUAAUCCCGAUGACGUUUUCAGGGAAUUCUUUGGCGGCAGAGAUCCAUUUGCAGAUUUUUUUGCUGAUGACCCCUUUGACGAUUUCUUCGGAGGUAGUCGCCGUCACCAGAGAGGCACAGGCCAAGGCAGGAUGGGGGGAUCCCUCUUUGGUUUUGGAAGCUUCCCAGCGUUUGGGCCUGGCCUCACAGGGUUCGAUUCAGGUUUUAGUUCAUUUGGAAACAUGGGUGGAGGAGGAUUCACUUCCUUCUCUUCUUCAUCUUUUGGUGGUGGUGGGGGAGGAGGAGGAAUGGGUAACUUCAGAUCUGUGUCGACCUCCACCAAAUUCAUCAACGGCAGAAAGAUUACUACAAAAAGGAUCGUGGAGAAUGGCCAAGAGCGGGUCGAAGUGGAGGAGGACGGUCAGUUAAAAUCUCUAACAGUUAAUGGUAAGGAGCAACUCCUACGACUGGAUAACAAGUAAUUAUCUCGCCGCAACAUUUGACCAACAUACAGUUUUCACACCUGGAAAAAACUCACCCAGUGACUAUGUUUAGUUCCGGCGGUUGGUCUCUCCUCUCUCUCUGUCCUCCUGCAUCUAAUUCCAGAAGAACAAUUUUUCUCAUUUUAGCUUAGUUGCAAGGGAGGCGAGAGAGAUAUUCACCUUAUUUGUAUAUUUGUAUUUAUUCCAUUAUUAUGGGGGGACCGUCUUAUUGGGAUUUGUCUUUUUGUUUUCUAAAAUAAUUAAAUAGUAUUUUUUAUUUCUGCUAUAAGAAUGUAAGGUACGUGCUAUGUUUCUUUUUUGCUUUUGGGGUGAAUUUGUCUUUCUUAUUGUCACUGGAAAACAAGAUGCUGUACAUUUAGACAUAGGCAUGUCAUUUUUGCUCUUUUCAUUUGACCAAUUUAACAAGUGAAUGAUAAAAGCUUACCCACUUCACCCUAAUGUCUUUAACUUGAACUUCACCUUGCUAACCUGUUAGCUUUGAUCAUGUUUACGCGUGUGUAAUAUGAAUGACAGAUUAUUAAUAAAUUAAUAAGAAUAAUGUGCAUUUUUCUUACUUUUGCAUUCGUUUGUGUAUUUGAGAAUACCACAGUGUGUUUUAUUUGGUUUUGCAUGAUUUGCUGAUUCCAGGGGGCUGCUUUGUAGUUUCACUGUAACUGUCAGCAACUCAAAGUAUAAGCCUACAACUGCACAACACCUUACACUGUUUCCGGACACACAGGGGAAUCUUCAUUCUUUGUAAAAA